AUGGCGUCCGCGCUGGUUCUCGCGCGCCAGAGAGGCCCGGCGGCAGCAAUCUCCCACCUCCCCGCGCUCGCCGCCCUGGUACCGCACGUGCUGCGCAGCUGCGAGCUCCUCGCCUCUCCAUCGCGCUCCUCGCACACGCUACCCCCGACCCUUACAGACGCUUCACCCGCCGCGCCCGAUUGCGGUUCGCCAUGCGGACCUUCGUUGGAGCGCGUCGACCCUGUGGCCACCGCAGCUGCUUCUCCGACCCCCGCGCGCCCGCGCCACUCCCUCUCUUCUUCCUUCUCCGCCCGUCUCGCCGCCCACCGCCUCGCGCGCAAGUAUCUCGGCGCAUCUGCGCGCACACUGCCGUGCCCACGCGCCACUCCACCGCCCCUCGCCUUCUCAUGUCUGCCCAACCAUCAGCCCUUGGCGUCCAGACCGCCCUCCCCCCGACCCCCCGCCGGCGCCCACUCGCUCUUCCGCACCGCCCCCCUGCCCGCCGCCUUCCACGCUCUCCCCAACGCCUCGCACCGCCUGCCGCUGACCCACAUAGCCCCGCGGCCGUCCUUCCACCUUCCCACCGCCGCCUUCUCCGCGUCGGCGGCGGAACCACCUGAGGCUGCGGGGGAUGCAGGGGAGGGGGCGGGGGCGGAUGCGGAAGAGGCGGAGGAGGCGGAGGAGGGGGAGCGCGAUGAGAUGGAGUACGACGUGGUGGUGGUGGGCGCGGGGCCCGCGGGGCUGGCGGCCGCGAUUCGGCUGAAGCAAAUGGACGAGGGGCUGUCCGUGUGCGUGGUGGAGAAGGGCGCGCAGGCAGGCGCGCACACCCUGUCGGGGAACGUGUUUGAGCCGCGCGCGCUGGACGAGCUGCUGCCGCACUGGCGCGACGAAGGGGCGCCCAUCAGCGUGGCAGUGACGCGGGAUCGCUUCAUGUACCUGACCAAGUCGCUGGCCGUGCCACUACCACCGGCGUCCAGCAACCACGGCAACUACGUCAUCAGUCUGAGCGAGCUGGUGCGGUGGAUGGCGGGCAGGGCGGAGGACAUGGGCGUGGAGAUCUACCCGGGCUUCGCUGCCAGCAAGGUGUUGUACUCGUCAACACACGGGUGCCACGAUCAGAGGAGGGUGAGUGGCAUCGCCACCAACGAUGUGGGCAUAGCCAAGGACGGCUCGCUCAAAGGCUCCUUCCAACGCGGCAUGGCGCUCAAAGGCCGUCUCACCAUUCUGGCCGAGGGCUGCAGAGGGUCGCUGUCAGAGGAGGUGAUGGCGGCAUACUCACUGCGCCUCAAGGCGGGCGCACAGCACCAGACAUAUGCACUGGGGGUCAAGGAGGUGUGGGAGGUGCCAGAGGCGCAGCACAGGGCGGGCGAGGUGGUGCACAGCAUAGGGUACCCGCUGGACACACGCACGUAUGGAGGGGGGUUCCUCUACCACAUGGACCGCAACAUGGUGGCGCUGGGGCUGGUGGUGGCACUGGACUACCGCAACCCGUACCUCAGCCCGUACCAGGAGUUCCAGCGGUGGAAGCUCCAUCCAUCCAUCCGGCGAGUGCUGGAGGGGGGCAGAGUGGUGCAGUACGGUGCACGCACGCUCAAUGAGGGGGGCAUGCAGUCUAUCCCAGGGCUGGUGUUCCCAGGCGGUGCGCUGGUGGGGUGUGCUGCGGGCUUCCUCAACGUGCCCAAGAUCAAGGGCACACACACCGCCAUCAAGUCAGGCAUGGUGGCAGCAGAGGCGGCAGCAGCAGCGCUGGCAGCAGGGGGCAGCGGUAGGGGCGUGGAGGCGGAUGCAGCGGUGGAUGCACACAUGGCGGACACGUACCCUGCUGCCCUGCGCUCCUCCUGGCUCUGGGAGGAGCUGCACCGCGCCCGUAACAUCCGACCCGGCUUCAAGCAUGGCCUUGUGCCCGGCAUCAUCAACGCAGCUUUUGAAACGUACAUCACGCGCGGUCGCUCCCCGUGGACUCUAGCCCAUCAUGCAGAGCGGGACAACGAGACACUCGUUAAGAUAGAGGAUGCGAAGCCCAUAGACUACCCCAAGCCCGAUGGGGUCAUCACAUUCGACAUCCCCACAUCGCUCUACAGGAGCAGCACGAACCACGAGCACGACCAGCCACCGCACCUGCGCCUGAGGGACCCCGCCGUGCCCACCGCAGUGAACCUGCCGCUCUAUGGUGGACCCGAGGGGCGCUACUGCCCUGCCCGCGUCUAUGAGUAUGUGGAGGAUGAUAAGGGGCAGCCAUCACUCAGCAUCAACGCUCAGAACUGCCUGCACUGCAAGGCAUGCGAUAUCAAGGACCCCACGCAGAACAUCCAGUGGACCGUGCCUGAGGGUGGGGGAGGGCCUGGAUACACGGUCAUGUAG